ACUCAUAAAAUAUAUUUAUUUAUAUUAAAGCCUGCUCGGAGCUUUUCAAAAAGUGCUAUACAGUAUUUUCUAAAAAGGUUUCAUGGGACUUAGCAAACACAGAAUGCAUUCAGCGCAAUGAACAUCUUGUGACUGUAACUUCAAGCAACGAAAUGAAUUACGUCCAAUACUUACUUCGGAGUAAGUUGUAUCAGCAAAAUAAGACGGAAGAGAAUGAAGUUGCUGAAAAAGAGAAAUUUCUUGGAGCGCAUAUUGGUUUGAAAAGGAUUAAGGACAAACAAAGAAGAACGGAUUUCAUCUGGAUUACCACCUUCAACGUUACUUUCAGUGCUUGGAAAAAUGGACAACCUUCAACCGGGGAUUGUACUAUGACAUCAUUGAAUUUUAACGACAGGGAACUUUGGGAAACUCAAAAUUGUUUUAGUAAUAUUGCCGAUUUUUACAUCUGUGAGAAACCAUUUUCACUGGACAGGGACAAACAAAAGCAUAAUAUCACGGAAGAUGUGUGUAAAGGUGUAUAUAUGAAGAAAGACCUAAUUGCGUCCCCACACUCUGGUAAAUCUUGUCAAAAUUGGCGAAUGCUAUCUGUCAAAGCUAAAAGUGAUUUUAACACUUACUUAUAUUCUUCACGAUACACUUUACACGAUUCGAUGUGUAAGGAUCCGUACGCGCAGGACAAUUUAUGGUGCUAUGUCAUUGAUGCUGACGAAUACAUGAGGGAUCCGUGUUUUCUGCACCAAAUUGAUUCGGACAAAAGUGUUAUCAAUAUGACUGAACGGAAAUUGCCUGGGGUAAAUUGCUCUGAUGGAUCUUCAAUACCUACAGUAAAUUGGUGUGACAGGAAUUUUGACUGUUUCGACUACACGGAUGAACUGUCUUGUCAAACUUCUACGAAAGAUCACAAUCUUACCAGUAUUGGCAGUACAAUGAUACAGUCUAAUUUACCACAAAGACUGCAAGCCAGGGCAUUCUUCGUCUGUGUAAAAAGCCAGGAGUGGAUAUCUAUGUUAGCUAAAUGUGAUGGUGUCAUUGAUUGCCUUGAUGCUUCGGAUGAAGUCAAUUGUUCUAACAGCAGUAUUGCAUGCGAUGACAACACAUUCUCAUGUGAUGGCGGAAAUUGUAUAAAAUUAAGUCAAGUAUGCGACUUUAUACAGGACUGCACGGAUGGAACGGAUGAAUUGUGUGAAUACCAAGUGUGUGAUGAGAACGAAUUUUGUUGUGAAAAUAAACGAUGUAUUUCGUCAGAGAAACGAUGUAAUGCUAAAACUGACUGUUCCGAUAAAAGCGAUGAACUUGAUUGCGAUUCCUGUAAAGAAUCAUUUCUCUGUGCUGAUGAUUACAAAUGUAUUCCUCAUCGACUGACAUGUGAUGGCUACCCUGACUGUAGGGAUAGAAAUGAUGAAUUGUCUUGCUACGUUACGCCUCCAUUUUCUGGUGAUUUCAAGAACAAAUAUAUAUCGGCAGGAGAACAAAAGCUUCAAUUCUAUAAUCUAGAUAGUAUUUGGAAGCUCACGUCAAUAGGAUACGAAUCUGGAAGAAUCACCUUUUCGAGUAACUCGAUAUAUCUUCCUGAAAACAAAUUUUUAGACUCAGGUUAUUCUUGUUUUAUUAAGGUAAAAACAGAUUGUAGGUUUAAAUUUCGAGAAGCUGCCCUUAUAGACAAUGUUGACAGUAAUGACUUUGCGUAUCCGUUCUGUGACUGCACAAUAGGUACAUUCAAAAAAUACAGAGAUCAAGUGUACAGAUUUGAUUUGGUUUCUGUGUCAAGAUGCGAUGGAAGUGAAAUAACAGACUUACGUGCUGUUAAAGAAAGUAUUUAUUCUAAAAUAAAUGGAGUUUUUGAUUUGUAUUCUCUUUGGACAAGUGCUUUCUUGCACCGAACAUAUAUACCACCGUAUUGCACUAACGAGUACAAUGCGACCGUCUUUGGUGAGUUCUUUAAUUGUGAAAAAGACGGCAAAGCAAUAUCAGAGUCGUUGGUGUGUAUUUAUGCCGAAGACGAUAGCGGUUACAUGACUGGCUGUAGAUCUGGAGAACAUUUACAAAAUUGCGGUAGUGAAAACAUUUAUAAGUUAUCAAAUGUAUUAUUUCUUACUUUCAUAAUUGUAAUGUCUGUUUCGUGUUAUUGACAUGUUUAAUAAGAUAAUCUUUGUAGCUAACAAAAUCUAGCA